AUGUUCGGUACUGCCGAAGAAGAGCUGUCUGCUUACAUUCCGCGUGGAAUCGUCACUUGGAGUGAGAGUGUCUCAGCUGCACUAGACAUGGGCCAUUUGGCUUUUCGUGCUGUCAGUGAGGCUGAUGUCAACUUGGGUCGACCGCUCACAGUUCUUCUCGAAGGUGCGCCCAAGGCCGGGAAGACUGCUUUGGCCGUAGAGAUCGCCCGCCGCUCCGGUUUCCCUUUCCUGAAGAUUGUCACGACUCAUAAGAUGAUUGGGUUUACAGAGACGGCCAAGUGUGCAUCGAUGAAAAAGGUGACGAUGAGUUCCAUUAUGUGUCUAUUUUUUAUCUCUCAUAUGCAUCACAAAUGCUUUUAUAUUCCGACCUCCAUUACUUUUGUACCAAGCCAUGACUUUUUGUUCAUUCCUUUGAAAUAUCCAAUGCAGCUCUUAUAA